AUGAAAGGAGAGAAGCCUAUGAAGGAUGAGUACGUGCAUCCUUCCCGUAUGCAGCUCCCUAUAGGAAAGAUGAGUCUAUUGAAAUUAGGGAUGCCAAUGGAUCGGAACAGCAGGGGUCUACAAUCUCGUUCACGUGGGUCCAUGGUGCCAGACUCUAAUUGUUUGGGAUCAGAAAGUCCUGGCAUUACAAUAAGAGAUGAAAAAUAUAUAAGAGCAGAAUAUUCAAAAUGGGCAGAACUAUAA